AUGUCGACCCCAAAAAAAAAAAAAACACAACACUCAUUUCACCCCCCUUUUAUAUCUAUUUCUUUAAGCCAUCGUUCAAAAAUAAAGAUGUGGUGUAGCUUCAAAGAGAAGACAUUAUUACCACUCACACCCCCUCCCUCCCCCUCUUAAAGCCUUCACCUCCCGAGCUCUCACCCCCGCUCCUCCAUUUCUCAAAAUCAUCCCCAAAAUUUACACCACCCCACCACCCAAAAAACUCAUACCAAAAAAAAAAACCCAUAAAUUCUCUCUCCUUUUUCUUUUUGUUCUUGAUCUCUCUUAGCUACCAGCUUCUAAAGAUGAAAACUUUUCAUAAAACCCAAUUGAGUCUCAUCAUGCUUUUAGUGAUGAUGGCCUCAACCACAACGAUGUCUUCACCGUCACCAAAGCCGAAGGCGACCUCCAAGGACCAGAUCGAAUGCACAAUGUGCUCCCUAUGCGAAAACCCAUGUGGCCAAGUUCCAUCUCCGCCACCUCCUCCACCUUCAUCUCCGCCGCCUUCUCCGCCUUCGUCAUCAUCCAACUGUCCCCCUCCACCGUCGCCGCCGAGCUCCGGCACCACCUACUACUCUCCUCCGCCUCCGGCUCAGCCCACUUACUUCUACUACCCACCUCCGCAAGGUGGUGGAGGCGGCGGCGGAAGCGGAGCGUUUUAUCCGCCGCCCAAUAACAAGAACUACCCUGUGCCGCCACCACCGAACCCAAUUGUGCCGUACUUUCCGUUUUACUAUUAUAACCCUCCUCCUCACUCUACGUCAUCCAGCUCAGUUCAGCUGAUGACUAGCAGCUACCCAUUAGUUUACAGUGUUGUCAGUGUUGCUCUGUUUUCUGUUCUAAGUUGUUUGUUUUGACGGAAAAGGAAAAAGAAAGCAAGGUGGGAUUAAUAAUGUGGCAGGUUGGCAGAUCUAGGGAAUGUGCAGAGUGAGUGAGAGAGAGGGUCUUGCUUGAAUUCUUGAUCUUUUUACAAACAAGGGAAGAUGAAGAAGAAAGCUUGAGACUUCGGGAGCUGUGGCUGGCUGGGUUUUCCUGUUUUUACAUUUCCGAGAAUGCCCUUGUGGAACAGAGGUUGAUGGGGGCGCACUGGCACCAGAAAUUAAAGCUUGAAAGAAUACAGAUGAGAAGUAAUUCUCUUCCACUCUUUCUCUCUCUGUGUCUGUAAUUUUUCUCUUUGCAUUUAGUUGCCUUGGUAGGUUGCUCUGUUGUAAUUUUGAUGGGCAAUUUGUACGUAUUGUUAUUUGGUUAAUAUAAUUUAUAAUUAUGGAAAUAAAAGUAAAAUUUUACCA